AAGCCCCUCGCCCGCUUUACUGCAGAUGGACAUGGAGGAGGAGGAGGCGAACGCACGCCGGGACGCCGAGCGGAGCGCGUCGUGCGCCGCCGGAGCUGGAGCCGGAGGAGCCGGAGCCGGAGGAGCGCCGGGCGGUGCGUCAGCGGCAGCGUCGGAUCGGUGCAGGAGCAGCGAGCCUCCUCGUAGUCCUCCGGCUGACGUGACUUGUAAUAACAACAGCGGCUCUGGAGCCGCAUGUGGAGGUCAGCUCAGCUCCGACGCGGCGGAGGUGGCGGAGAAGGAGAAGGAGGAGGCGGAUGGCAGCCGGUCGCGCUCGCAGCCCAGGGAGGGCGCCGGUAACGGGACGGUGCGCGGCGGCGGCGGCGGCGACUCGGCGCUGGCUCCAGGAAAUAACGAGGGUGGUGCCACAAAGUUGGGCGACGCCGCAAAGGAGAGCGCGUCCUCCUCUCCGGGAGGAGGAACGGCCGCGGGGAGCGCGAACGCGCCGCGGCGCCUUGGCGGUCACCCGCGGUGUGCGGGCGGCGCUGGAGUCGCGGGGAACGUCGCCCCGGUGAAGAGCGAGCAGAUCUCCUCCGAGGAGCCGCCGAGUGGGAGUGACCCCGAGCCGAGUCCUGCCGCCGAAUCCCGGAGCCUGGACUCGCUGGACUCCUUCUCCAACCUGACCUCCUGCCCCAGCUCCGAGGCCACCAGCGACGGGCCGGAGGACAGAGGACUGGCGCUGGCCCUGCAGAGCGAGUACGAGAAGGACGGCGGCAAACAGUCCUGCAGCAAGGAGCGGGGAGCGGGACAGUCCAUCUACCACAUCAAGUGGAUCCGCUGGAAAGAGGAGAACACGCCCGUCAUCACCCAGAACGAGAACGGGCCCUGCCCGCUGCUCGCCAUCAUGAACGUGCUUCUACUCACCUGGAAGGUCAAGAUGCCUCCUAUGAUGGAAAUCAUAACUGCUGAACAACUGAUGGAGUACCUCGGAGACUACAUUCUGGACACCAAACCUAAAGAGAUCUCUGAGGCCCAGCGGCUAAACUACGAGCAGAACAUGAGCGACGCCAUGGCAGUGCUGCACAAGCUCCAGACCGGCCUGGACGUCAACGUCAAGUUCACGGGCGUGCGCGUGUUCGAGUACACGCCGGAGUGCAUCGUCUUUGACCUGCUGGACAUCCCGCUCUACCACGGCUGGCUGGUCGACCCCCAGAUGCGGGACAUUGUUAAAGCAGUGGGUAACUGCAGCUACAAUCAGCUGGUGGAGAAGAUAAUCUCCUGCAAACAGUCGGACAACAGCGAGUUGGCGGGGGAAGGCAUCGUAGCAGAACAGUUUCUGAACACCACGGCCACUCAGCUGACGUACCACGGCUUAUGCGAGCUCACGUCGGCGGUGCAGGAGGGCGAGCUCUGCGUCUUCUUCAGGAACAACCACUUCAGCACCAUGAUCAAACACAAGGGGCAGCUAUACCUCCUGGUUACAGACCAGGGUUUCCUGACCGAGGAGAAGGUCGUGUGGGAGAGCCUCCACAACGUCGACGGAGACGGAAAUUUCUGCGACUCCGAAUUUCGACUUCGGCCUCCUUCCGACCCGGAGACGGUGUACCGGGGACAGCAGGACCAGAUAGACCAGGACUACCUGAUGGCGCUGUCGCUGCAGCAGGAGCAGCAGAGUCAGGACCUGCAGUGGGAGCAGCUCCCGGAGGGCAUCAGCGACCUGGAGCUGGCCAAGAAGCUCCAGGAGGAGGAGGACAGGCGGGCCUCCCAGUACUACCAGGAGCAGGAGCAGGAGCAGGCGGCGGCCGUGGUAGCAGCCCAGGUGCAGCAGGGUCAGCAGGAGCCGGCAGGAGGAGACGAGGAGGACAGAGGAGCUGCAGGGGGAGCUGCGCCCAGCCCAGGAAAACAGUGCUCCGCUGGAGAAAGCAAACCCAAGAAAGAAUCAAAGGAGAAAGACAAAUGUGUUAUUUUGUAACAUAGAUUGUGCGCGUGCGUGUAUGUGCGUGUGUGCGUGUGUUUUACUUAUCUGUGAGAAAGGGGACGGCGUUUGUUUCUACACUGACGUGACACACCAGGCCGCCUCCACCCACCCCCCUCGACAGAACCGUGACGGAGGUCUGGAAGGAGAAAUCUCUGCAGAGAGAGGGAGAGGGAGAACGACAGGACAAACCACUGGUGCCUGCUAUCCUCUGUCCUCGGUGGACUCUGGACACCGGAGGAUGAGACACUUUGAAAAAUACCACUAACUGUUCAUCGAGUCUGCCAGACUUUUAGGAGUGAGGCGGUGCACUACAGCCUCCAUCCGCAGCGUGGUGCAGUACAGCCUCCAGCCGCAGCGUGGUGCAGUACAGCCUCCAGCCGCAGCGUGGUGCAGUACAGCCUCCAGCCGCGGCGUGGGUUCACAUGAAGUGGGGGUCCGUAUAUUUUCUAGCAUUAGAUGAAAUCCGAGGAAACAAAAUGUCACCCUCUCGUUUGUCAUUUUCCCAAGAGAAUCAUUGUCCUUUUUUUUCAAUUAUUGGAGUUUAUAAGCUAUUUUUUUGCAUCGAUAAUUACAGAACGUAUAUCCGU